UUGAUCGUUGAUUAGUUGUUAUGGAAAAAUAGGUUGACAAGAAAGAAAAAAAAAAUAAGAAAAAGAAGGAGCAUGAUUUCCCAACACUUGAAGAUCUGUUUUAUCAUUUCCCGUCCAAAUUGAAGGACGCCAUUCAAACCCGUUGUUUUAGUUCCAUGACACCUCUCUUGGAUUUCUGCGACAAAAUAGAAUUUCUUCAGCAAAUCCAUGCUAAAUACAUUGUUUAUGGUCACCAUCAAAACGAAACCCUCUGUUCAAAGCAUAUAAGCAGUCAUGCUAAUCUCGACCAUCUUCAUUUCUCUCAAAAAGUAUUCAAUUCUGUAGACAACCCAAAUUCUCUUGUUUAUAAUACACUUCUCCAAAGUCUUUUAAAGUUUGGUAAAUACAAUGAAACCCAUCUUGAAACUGUAAGGAAAAUCCAUGGAAAUUUUAUUAAAUUGGGUUAUCAUUUGGAUAUUAGUGUUUUGGAAGAAAUGGAUGGUUUAUAUGGUAAAGGUAGUGGUGCUAGUGAACUGUUUGAAGAAAUGCCUAUCAAGGGGUUAACUUUUUGGAACUUGCUGAUAUCUGAGUGUACACAAAAUGGUAAACCUGAUGAAAGUUUUCGGCUUUUUAGAGAGAUGAGAAUGGAAGGAUUAGAACCUGAUUGCAAAACUAUUAUUAACCUAUUGAGAUCGAGUGUUAUUUUGAACUCACUUGAAGCUGGGAAAUUUGUUCAUCUUUUGAUUGUUUUGAGCAACUUAACUAAUGAUUUAUCGGUGAAUACUGCUUUAUUGACGAUGUACACAAAACUAGGUCGUCUGGAAUCUGCAAAAGUGUUAUUUGAUCAAAUGCUAGACAGGGAUUGUGUUAUGUGGAACAUAAUAGUUUUGGCUUAUUGUAGGAAUGGAUAUCCAAAGGAAGCGUUAGAACUGUUGAUGCAGAUGGGAAGAUCAGGUGUUAGAACCGAUUUAUGUACUGCAUUAGCUGUUAUAUCUUCAGCUACGGAGUUGAAAUCUCUUGGGCAGGGUAAAGAGGUACAUGCACAUGUGGUCCGUAAUGGUUCUGAUUAUCAAGUAUCAGUUCAUAAUUCACUGAUUGAUAUGUAUUGCAAAUGUGGCGAUUUAAGAAGUGCACGAAACAUCUUUGAUUUUGUUCUUGACAAGACCGUGGUUUCAUGGAGUUCCAUGAUCAAGGGGUCGAUGUUUCGAGUUGUAUGCCAAAAUGAAGGGUUUGAACUUGAGACCAGACAGGAUAACCUUUCUCGGAUUAUUAACAGCGUAUGUUAAUUUAGGAUUGGUGAAAGAAGGCUGGGAGUGUUUUGAGGAGAUGAGAAAAACUUACAAUUGUGAACCCAGUCUUGAACACUAUGCUUGUAUGGUGGAUCUUUUGGGGCGCACUGGGCAUACUGAAGAAGCUGUAAAACUUUUAAAAUCGAUGCCUUUUGAGCCAGAUGCACGAAUCUGGGGGUCAUUAUUGAUGGCAAGUAAGACAAAAUCAGACGCUAAGCUCGCCGAGUUUGCAACAGAGGAACUCAUAAAGAUGGGGCCGGGAAAUGCUGCAAACUACAUUUUGCUUUCCAACACAGGAAAAUGGGAUAAGGUUGCUAAUAUGAGGGUUGUUCUUAGAAAUAAAGGUCUGAAAAAGACGCCAGGCAUUAGCUGGUUAGAGAUCAGUGGCAGUGUACAUGAGUUUCGUGUUACUGAUCGUUCCCAUCCAAAGUCGCGGGAUAUUUAUGCCAUUUUAGGAAAUCUAGAAAUGGAAAUCAAGAAUAAUUCAUCCAAGAGUUCACAACUAUUAU